GCCUGCACGUGACCGUGCGACACGUCGCUCCUUCUCCAGAGCCUUCCUCGGCCGGCCGGUACAAAAGCGUCCGGACCUGAGCUGCAUUUCAUUCCUCACUCGCUCAAUCUGCAUCAUCCUGCUAGCUCUCCCAUCUCGAGCUCGAUCAGCAAGAUGACCACCAGCAAGAACAAGCCCUCGGGAAGCACGGCGCUGCAGGUCGCCCUCCUCGUCGUCCUGCUCGUCGCCGCUUCACGGCUCCAGGCCUGCGACGCCGCUCCAGGGUUCUGCGCGAGCAAGUGCGCGGUGCGGUGCGGCAAGGGGAAGGGGAAGGGGCCGGCGUGCAUGAAGCACUGCGGGCAGUGCUGCGUGGAGUGCGCCUGCGUGCCGGCGGGGACGGGGAGAAUCGACGACUGCCCCUGCUACCGCGACAUGCUCACCGCCGGGCCGAGGAAGUGGCCAAAGUGCCCCUGAACGAAUCCGUCCUGGACUGGUGGAUCCGUCAAUCGACCUUCACAACGGACCUUCGUACGGCCUCAGACCAGCACCCUGCUGCCUAGAUGAAUUCUUGUGUAGCUUCCCUCUGCUCCCUGGUCCCUGCUAAUUAGCUAGUGUGAUGCGUAUUGUCUCUUCAAUUCGCCCGUAAUUAACCGUAAGUACCUGCAGCUAUGUGUAUUUCGUCGUUGUGAGGUUGUAAGAGUAGUGUUCUAGCCAGGAUCGCCGACUGAGUUUCGGCCGGUGUCAGCAGCCAGUUUUACUACAAGUGUGCCGUGUCACUUA